AUUGGUAGCGCCAUCUGUUAAUACGUAAAUUAUAAAUUUCCACCAUGUGACCACUGGCUACAAAAAACAGUAUCAGUGGCGAUACCACGUGAUACCGUGUUGUCACAAGUCGACGAGAUAACGCGUGAUGGCGGUGAUAACGACAUAACGAUGGUGAUUGCAAUUCGUAUUUAUUGAAUCAUACUGCAUAAUAUGCAAUCAGACGUACAACGUACGUGAGUACAUCAUCAGCCAGAGCCAGCCUCUCAUUUCAAAUUUCGUUCCCGGAGCGUCCGGAAAUGGAGUUGGUAGCCGGUGCUAGUUCAAGCAGCUUAAAAUCGUCCGGCGUUUGUAGUUAGCAAAAAAAUGCUCUCCCGAUGCAAUUUCCUCGCGAUCGCGUUGACUAACGCGAGAUUGAACGUGUUGUGCUCGCGCCGGCUGUACGUCUCUUGUACAGUUUGUUUAUCCAAGUGUUCAACCACCGGGCAGAGGAAACAACAAUCGUUUCGCGGCCUCGGAUGUUUAACUGCUACACACAACCUUAGAUCGCACUUACAUUAUACUUCUGGCAGACAACAGACUACGAUGACGACCACAACGACAACUCCGCCACCACCGCCGGACGACGACAAGUCGCAAAGUAUCUUCCAGAGGUUCAAGAACAUGGCCAAAAAGUAUUGGUACAUUGUGCUACCUGUUCAUCUGGUUACAUCAACCAUAUGGUUUGGUUCGUUUUAUUUUGUUGCCAGCAUUUGGGAUGUGCCCUCACUGUUGGAAAAGUUAGGCAUUCCCGAUAGUAUUAUCGACAAAGUAAGGAACGGUAACUCAUGGACUAGUUACUUGGUCAUCGCCUAUGGUCUGUAUAAAAUUUUCACGCCACUCAGAUAUAUGGUAACAUUAGGCGGCACUGGUAUGACAUUACGUUAUUUGAAAAGAAUAGGGUAUGUUAUUGCUGAAACGCCAUGUCCCAAGAAGCCAUAAACAUAAUAAAGAUGCA